GUUGUUUGCCACAUUGAUAGCAGUCGCAUUACUGUGUAACGUACACGACGCUUUCGCGUCGGAACGCUGGCUUGUUGGCAUUAUGGAAUUCAAAAGGUCGAAGAAGAAACAGGUUCGGCGUCCUCUGGCUGAUGUGCAAGCUCAACAAGCUACCAAACCUGCACAUUUGACCAAAUCUGCACCGGAACACUCAACACCACUCCAAGUGGGCUCUUCACACACCAGUUCACUAAGAGAGAAAGGACGACAAACGCAAGAUUUGUUCGGAUUUGACGACAUUUUGUCUCCGGAUCCGUGUACCGAGCUUUCUAUCACUCCUAUUUACGAUGGGAAUCCAGGAACGCCAACAUCUGUCGUAUCGACAAACACAGUGGAUACUGACAGUUGUGUUGGUAGUCCAGGUCAAGGUGGAAAGUGUGCAGAGUAUCCAAGAAGUUAUCUGGUGAAGAGCGCUUUUAAAAGAGAAGAUCCUUUGAGAAAGAGAAGUCCAAAGAAGAGGGUGAGAAGGAGGCUUCUAGAACAGAAAGAGAAGAAUGAUGAGAAUGAUGUCAUUGUGGAUGAACAUUUAGAGAAACUGCGGGAUCAUUUUGCAGAAGUAGCCAAGUUUAAGCUACACUAUGACGACCACACUUAGUUAAGCAUUUGGUUUUUCCUGUCAUGUUCAUAAUGUAAUCUAUACAGUAUAACUAAACAUAAAGGCUGCCUGCAUUUUGUGUGACUAAAACUCGUGAUUACAUGAUACAUUUUGUAUUGGCGGUAGUGCUGCAGUUAGCAUCAAAAGGACUGCAGAAACGUUACACAGACUUGGUCCAGAAGGAUCAUAGAUAGUUUAGUUCAGUUGCUCUCAACACACAUUUUGUGGAUAACUUGAUAGUGUACCGGCUACAUUUAUGUUUGUUGUAUAGUG